AUGGUCACGUGUGUCACGUGUGUGAUUCGUGGCGCAGAACUCAAACAGCGCAAACAGCGCAAACAGGUAAAAUCUCCCACCGAAAGUGGGAUAUCGCCUCUUAUAAGUGAAGUGGAGGUCGCAGAGUUUCACCGAUCGGAAGAGGUGGAGGAGACCCUGCAGGCUGUUGUACUUGCAGAUACGUUUGAGACCAAGUUCGAACCGUUCAUCCUGGACAAACCUCGGUGCCUUUUACCAUUGGCGAAUACUCCGUUGAUCGAAUAUACCCUCGAGUUUCUUGCCAACGCGGGCGUUGAGGAUGUCUUUCUAUACGGCGGUGCCCAUUCCGACAAGCUAGAGAAAUACAUCAAUGCGUCAAAAUGGAGAUCGCCCUCAUCGCCUUUCAAGCAAUUGGCCUUUCUGAAGUCUACCUCUACGUCUGUCGGAGACGUCAUGCGUGAUCUCGACGGGAAGCAUCUCAUCACCGGCGAUUUCAUCGUUGUGAGCGGUGAUGUGAUUAGCAAUUUGCCAAUUGAGGGCGCUUUGGCCAAGCAUCGUGCUCGUCGCGAGGCAGAUAAGAAUGCUAUCAUGACCAUGAUCCUGCGGGAAGCCGGCCGGAACCAUAGGACGAAGUCCUCCUCGGUGUCGCCUGUGUUCGUUGUCGAUCCCACUAAAGACCGCUGUCUGCACUACGAGGAGAUCGAUCAAUAUGCGCCUGAGUCCUCUCGCUUGAAUAUUGACACGGACAUUAUCUUGUCGCACCAGGAGCUUGAUAUCCGCCAGGACCUGAUCGACUGCAACAUUGACAUUUGCACUCCUGAUGUGCUGAGCUUGUGGUCUGAUAGCUUCGACUACCAAGCCCCGCGGAAGCAGUUCUUAUUCGGUGUUCUGAAAGAUUACGAGCUAAACGGGAAGACGAUCCACACACAUAUCAUCAAGGACUACUACGCAGCAAGGGUGAGGAAUUUGAAGGCUUACGAUGCUGUCAGCAAGGAUGUUAUCUCACGAUGGACAUACCCCCUGUGUCCUGACACCAACUUGCUCCCUGGACACAGCUUCGAUCUUCGAAAGGGGUAUCUGUAUCAAGAGCGAGGUGUAACAUUGGCUCGCUCGUGUGUCAUCGGCCGACGAACGGUCAUAGGACAGGGCACAAGCAUCGGAGAUAAGACAACCAUCAAGGACACAGUCCUAGGAAGGAAUUGUAAGGUGGGCAAAAAUGUCACCUUGGACGGUGCCUACAUUUGGGACGGGGCUAUCAUAGGAGAUGGAACGACUGUCCACCGGGCCAUUAUUGCGGACAACGUUGUCAUAGGAAAUAAGUGCACGGUCGAGUCUGGCGCCCUUCUCUCAUUUGGGGUGAUAAUCGCCGACGGAAUGACAAUCAGCGAAGGAAAACGCAUCACGAGAGCUGCGCGGGAGGAAGAUGGGGUUAUGCCAGCCAGCGAACCAGCAGUGGUCGGCAAAGGCGGAGAAGGCUAUGAAUACGUUCCGUAUGAAGACGAGGAUGAAGAUGAUACUGAGAGCAAUGCUUCGUCUGGUUUAGUUUACAACAUGGCACAUCUUUCUCUUUCUACAGAAUCGAUCUCAACCCUAUCUUCCGAUGUAUCGGACUUUGGCGGAUCUCGUUCAGGAAGCUUCAAUGACUCUGACUCUGACGAUGAGCGCGAAGACCAUUUCGUCCAUGACGCAGCUGUCAGUGUGUACGACAGCUUGCGGGAUGGCGUGACCUCAGACGUGGUGCAACUUGAGCUGGUCAGUCUGCGAAUGACGGCCAACGCCUCGGACCAUCAAGUGCGACGCGCCGUAGUGUCGGCCUUUAUGAAACGGAUCCAGCAGCUGAUGGACGACGGCAAAGGAGCCGGAGAGGCAGUCCGGGACAUUUUUGGCACAUAUCGGGAAAUCAUAGAACGGGCAUUAUUUGACCGCGACAGAGAGGCCAAACCCGACCAAGUGGAUCUCCUGCUUCUCCUGCAACAGGACCUGGCGGGCCGGCCGCGAGGCGAGACGGUCCUUCUGUUCACUGCCAAGGAACUAUACGACCUUGAGAUCGUGGAGGAGGAAGCAUACGAACAGUGGUGGAACGAUGAGCGAUCCAGCAGCAACGAGGAGUUGAAAACAGUGCGUAGCCAAACUCAACAGUUUGUUGAUUGGCUCGCCAAUGCUGAAGAGGAGGAAAGCAGUGAGGAAGAGUCGGAUGAGGAGUAA